AUGCGCUGCCUUGAACACGUUUACGCCUCAUUGGCGAUUAUGGUCGUUCCGGCCAUCGCUGUGCCCACGGCCACGACGUCCUGGCAAGCUGGCUUCCCUGGCAUCAAAACACCUUCUCCCAGCCAACCGACACCAGAUCCUGACUUGGCAAUACCGAUGCCACACUACGACCCACCCGAUUUGCCCAGGGGGCCAAACUUGACCCAACAGCCAGCCAAGGGUUCAACUUCCGACGCCAAGCAGUACAAAAACAGCCGCCAGCUGGUCUCGGGUCAGCUUCCGAGCCCGGAGGAACAGGAGUGGCUCGAUGAGGGCGAGUACUUGCCUCACCUGACCCCGGGUAUCGUCAUCCCCAACUACGACGACGAGCUCUCGCCAAUGACACCUGAAUACCCAGACACCACAAUGUCUGCCCUUGCCCCGAUGGAGCCGCAGGCUAACCACACCCUUGUGGGCCGUGAAGAGAUCGAAUCGACCUUCAAGGGCUACAUCGAUCACUGCGAAGGGUGCCUGAUGCGGGGCGAGGACAAGAUGUGGUGUGUCUGCAGGUCGACCAAGGGGCAGCCCGAAUCGGUCCUGAAGAGGGUGGAAUGCGAGGCUAACCUAGGAAAGAGGCUGGGAAACUCUGAUGGGAACCUUGUGUGGUUUUCUUCUGAUUAUCAGGAAUCUUGCAGGAACUUUUCCCUCCGGUUAGGACGGUAUUACUAUGCCGCGUGCCCCGACAAGGAUGGGAUGUGGAAGGAGACCAUGAUCGACCUUAAUGAGCACAUUGGGAUUUAUGAUGACGGCAGGGAGCUGUUGCUGCAACUUGACGAGUAG